AUGUCUGGUGGAAAAGGUUCAAAGGGUCUGGGAAAGGGAGGUGCUAAACGCCAUCGAAUAUACCGGGACCAUCUUAGAGGUAUCACCAAACCGGACAUUCGCCGUCUAGCUCGUCGUGGCGGAGUCAAACGGAUUUCCGGCCUCAUCUACGACCAAAUUCGUGCAGUGCUCAAAGUCUUCCUCCACAGCCUUAUUCGAGAUGCAGUUACGUACAUGGAGCACAGCAGGAGGAAGAUCGUCACGGCUACGGAUGUCGUUUAUUCCAUGAAGAGGCAAGGACGUACUCUCUACGGCUUUGACAUUUAA